AUGGCGUCGGAAUCCGCCGAGGAGGACAAAUCCUGGGAGCACGUACUCCGCCGGAUGCUCCCCGCCGGAGCGCCGCUCCCGGACGAGGAGCAUCUGGACUACUCCAUCGCCAUCGAGUACGAAGGUCCUCCGGUUCCCUACGACGUUCCCAAGGUCGAUCCGCUUGAAAUCGGCGCCACCGCCUCCGCCAUCGCCGUUCCGAUUCGAACGGCUGUAGUAGUCUCCGAUCACAACGCGUCGGCCUCGAUUCCGGUCGCCAUGCCUGUGCAUCCGCGGUUCUCGCGGUUCGGCCGAGUCCGCAACGGCGGUUUCGACCGCGCGCCGCCGCCGCCGAAGAGUCCGGUGGAGAGCCGGAGGUCGUCAUCGGUCUCCAUGUCUCAGUCGCAGUUCGAUUCGCGCAGCGGCGAGGUGGUUUAUCGCUCCGAUGAUUCCGGCGAGGUAAACGGUGACGACGGAGCAAGCUCAGCCUCGGAGUUGGCAUCUGCGCCGCAGACGCCGCCGAAUUCGGCUCCGGUACAGCGCAGCGGUGCCGGAGCGGGCAAACGUCCGACGACGGUGACGUUUCAUACUCCGAGGGACUCCGAAGACGAGGACGGCGAUGGUUAUUCGUCCCCGCGGUCGGUUGCGACGGAGCCGGUGGGAUCGCCUGUGGGCGCGUCGCCGUCUCGGAAUAAGAAGCGAUGGAUUUGUAGCAGAUGCGGAAAUAGUAACAGGUUGAAGGAGAAGGAAGCUUGUUUGGUGUGUGAUUCAAGGUAUUGUAGUAACUGUGUGCUGAAAGCGAUGGGGUCGAUGCCCGAGGGAAGAAAAUGCGUGAGUUGCAUUGGGAAGCCCAUUGAUGAAUCUAAGAGGCCAACUUUGGGGAAGUGUUCUAGAAUGUUGUCGAAAGUUUGUAGUUCUUUGGAGAUUAAUCAGAUUAUGAAGGCUGAAAAGGAGUGUCCUGCUAAUCAGCUUCGUCCGGAGCAGCUUAUUGUGAAUGGCAGGCAGUUGAGGCAAGAGGAGUUGGCUGAGAUUUUGGGCUGCCCCAUCCCUCCUCAGAAGUUGAAGCCCGGGAGGUAUUGGUAUGAUAAGGACUCUGGACUUUGGGGCAAGGAGGGAGACAAGCCUGAUAAGAUAAUAAGUUCGAAGCUAAAUAUUGGAGGAAAGCUUCAGACGGAUGCGAGCAAUGGGAAUACUAGAGUCUACAUGAAUGGCCGUGAAAUAACUAAGAUUGAGCUUAGAAUGUUAAAGCUGAGCGUCAAUGCUUAUGUUUUUGCUUGGGCUUCCACUGAGGUUGUGUAUGAAUUACCAUAUGGGAACCCUAAUAGAUUGUUGUAUUGUUUCGCAAGUUUAUUAGACAAUUGGUUAUCUAAGGAAAAAACACAAAUGAAUGCGGACCUGCAGGCGUCCACUCGUUUCAUUUGUUCAUUAUUCUCACUGCCUGUACCUCCUGCUAAUCCUCCUGGGGUCAAAGAAAAUUCAACUACCUAUUCAACAAGAUCCGUGCCUGAUUAUUUGGAUCAAGCUAGAGUUCAGAAACUUUUGUUGUUUGGCAUGGAAGGGUCUGGAACAGCCACGCUGUUCAAACAGGCAUGUUUAUUUUCUUUCUGUUUCACUUCUUCCAUCUCUCUCACCCGUUGUUCUCAUAGUUGCAUGAAUUCAUACCUUUCUGCCAAGUUUUUAUAUGGAAACAAGUUUUCUACGGAAGAAUUACAAAACAUCAAGCUUAUGAUACAAAGCAAUAUGUACAAGUAUCUCAGCAUUCUGCUUGAAGGACGAGAGCAGUUUGAAGAGGAAGCUCUCACAGAGAGAGAAUCUACUUCAUUAGAAGGUGAAGGAUCUGGACUAGUACAAGAAACAGCAGCUGAUGAAAACAAGCCUAGCAUUUAUUCAAUCAGUACAAGAUUCAAGCACUUUUCGGACUGGUUACUAGAUAUUAUGGCCACAGGGGAUUUAGAGGCCUUCUUCCCUGCUGCAACACGGGAGUAUGCUCCUAUGGUAGAUGAGAUCUGGAGAGAUUCUGCUGUUCAGGAAACAUAUAAGAGGAGAGAGGAAUUGCAUAAUCUUCCUGAUGUUGCUAAAUAUUUCUUGGAUCGGGCAAUAGAAAUUUCAAGCAACGAGUAUGAACCUACUGAUAAGGAUAUAUUGUAUGCCGAAGGAGUCACUCAGAGCAAUGGUCUUGCCUUCAUGGAGUUCUCAUUUGAUGAUAGGAGUCCAAUGUCCGAGAUAUACAGUGAAAACCUCAAUUGCCCUCCUCCCUUAACCAAAUAUCAACUGAUUCGCAUAAAUUCAAAGGGACUGCGUGAUGGCUGCAAAUGGUUGGAAAUGUUCGAAGAUGUGAGAGCAAUCAUAUUUUGUGUUGCCCUGAGUGACUACGACCAGAUGUGGCCUAGUAGUACUGGUCAGCUUCGUAACAAACUGCUGGCAAGCAAAGAUCUUUUCGAGAGUCUGGUGAAGCAUCCUUGUUUUAAAGAUACCCCAUUUGUGCUUCUCCUAAAUAAAUAUGAUGCCUUUGAAGACAAGAUAAACAAAGUUCCCUUAUCAACUUGUGAGUGGUUUGGGGACUUUUGUCCCGUGAGACCGCAUCACAACAAUCAUGCCCUAGCGCACCAAGCAUACUACUAUGUGGCUGUGAGGUUCAAGGAGCUUUAUUAUUCCCUAACUGGCCAGAAGUUGUUUGUGGGGCAAACUCGUGCUCGGGAUCGCACGUCAGUGGAUGAGGCAUUCAAAUACAUAAGGGAGAUCAUCAAAUGGGACGACGAGAAGGAUGAUGAUGUAUAUGAAAUCAAUCCCGAAGAAUCAUUUUACAGUACAGAAAUGAGUUCUUCACCAUUUGUCAGACAAGAGUGA